AUGUCUCAACCUUUCCUUACCACAGGCUUUAUGCUUGCUUCGACUCUUCUCGGACAUUUUUGUGUGAAACAACAGAAACAUGAGAAUCAAAUUCCUUCCGAAAGAAAAACCAUCGUCUCUGCUCCAGGAAAAGUUUUAAUUACAGGAGGCUAUCUAGUUUUAGAUCCCAAUUAUUCGGGAUUAGUCUUGUCGACUUCAUCUCGCUUUUACACGACCAUCACAGAGUCCGAGGUUUAUUCCGCAACCACAGCAACAUUGAAUUAUCCGUUAAGAACUCCACUUGUCAUUGAACUCAACUCUCCACAAUUUCAUUUCACCACUCGAUAUGAAUUUGUGAAAAAUUCUGUGGACGGCUCGUUUGAAUUAAAAUCAAACAGUGAAAAACGAAAUCCUUAUAUUGAAAAUUCAAUUUUGUAUGCAUUGUGUGUGGCAGAACAAGCAGCAGGAGCUAAAACUGAAAAUAGAAGAAUUUCAAUCAAGCUUCAAGCUGACAAUGAUUUUUAUUCACAACGUCAAAAUUUAAUUGAUUUGGGACGAGAAGUGAAUUUGGAAAAUUUAGAAGCUCUUGAAAAAUGUUACGUCUGUCCCGAUGCAUCAAAACCAAUUCACAAGACAGGACUAGGAAGCAGCGCUGCUAUGGUGACCUCAUUAACAUCUGCUCUAAUUCUUCACUUUACAAAUUUAGAUUCUUCCAAUGAAAAUGUUAGAGAAUUAAUUCAUAGAGUGGCUCAGUUUUGUCAUUGCUUGGCACAAGGUAAAAUUGGAAGUGGUUUUGAUGUGUCAGCUGCCACAUUUGGCUCACAGAGAUAUAAGAGAUUUGACACAAGUAUUUUGGAGCCAAUCAUGAAACAAGUAGAUCAAUCUGUAAUGAUUUGCUCGAAAACUGUUGCUGAAAAUAUUAUUCAAGUGGUAGAUCCACGUGUGCAAAAUAGUGUGAAAUGGGACAAUGAGCACUCUACUUUUGAAUUACCACCAAAUUUCCAUCUCUUUGUUGCAGAUGUUGAACAAGGUUCUAAUACCCCUAGUAUGGUGAGAUGUGUGUUGAAAUGGAAAUCUGAAAAGCCAACCGAAUCUAAUGAAUUAUGGAAUUCCAUUCGAGAUUUAAAUAGUCAAGUGGAAGAACAUUUCAAAAUUCUCUCAAAGCUAGCAAAAGAACAUUCACUCGAAUAUGAACAAACACUCGAAAAACUCUAUCAACAACCAGCUUCUGAAUGGAAACACGUAUUUUCGAAUGCAUCCACCCAUUCAAUUCAUCAUUCCAUUAUUGAAUCCAUGCUCACCAUUCGAACCUCGUUUAAUGACAUUCGUUCCAAACUCAAGUACAUGGGAGAACAAGCAGAAAAUGUUCCAAUUGAACCCAAUCCACAAACGAAACUUCUCAACGAGACCAUGAAUGCCAAUGGAUGUCUGAUUGCAGGAGUUCCUGGUGCUGGUGGCUACGAUGCUGUGUUUUCAGUUCUAUUUGCUCCCAAUGGAGAAGCAUUGAAAAUUGUCAAGACGAAUGUGGAACAAGUGUGGAAAAAUUUCAAACCCACAGAGAAUGAUCAAGAUGCACAGUGUAGAGUCACUCCUCUCAUUUUGAAUGAAUCAAAAACAAAAGGUAUAGAUGUUGUAUUUCAAUAA